AUGGAUGGUUCUGAUGGACAGAGAGUGAUGAACCUAAAAUAUGAUGACUGGGUGCAGCUGGGUCAAAUUAUUCUUGGGUGGAUCAUUUCUUCUCUCACUGAGAGUGUGGUCAUAGAAGUGGUCAUUUUGACCACAUCAGCUGAAGUCUGGAAGGCCCUAUCUACAACCUACUCCGCCAUCUCAAGGUCGAGAGCUCUUCAUCUAAAGCGACAGCUGCAAAGCAUCAAGAAAGGGUUAGAAUCGAUAAUCGAGUAUGUCAAGAGAGCUAAGGUAAUUGUCGACAGCUUAGCAACUAUUUCUGAACUGGUAGGCAAAGAAAAUCUUAUUCUCUGCAUUCUUUCUACACCGGGGACCAAGUAUGAGUCCAUAGUCACUGUGAUCACCAAUAAGACUGAUUUUGAUUUUCUUACUAUUAAUGAUAUACUGAGACGUCUCUUAAAUCAUGAGGCAUGGUUGGAACAACACAAUCAGCCCACCGCUGAUAACCCCCCUUCUGCAAAUUUUGUCGCACAUGGAGGCGCUAUGACAUCAUAUCAGGGAGAACAACAGACUCCUUCAGACAGUGUUGCGUAUCACACAAGUGUUGGGAAUGAGGUUGAUCCCACGUGGUAUCCAAAUUCAGGCGCCACUCAUCAUCUAACUCCAGAUGUAGACAAUCUGCAAAAUCGGUCCAAGUACAUGGGUUUGGAUCAGGUUACUGUUGGUAAUGGACUAUGUUUGUAA